CAUUGCCCAUCACAUGGAUAUCGACAAAGUUGCCUUCACUGGCUCCACCGAGGUGGGCCACCUGAUCCAGAAGGCGGCCGGCGAGUCCAACCUCAAGAGAGUCACCCUGGAGCUGGGUGGGAAGAGCCCGAGCAUUGUGUUGGCCGAUGCCGACAUGGACCACGCCGUGGAGCAGUGCCACGAAGCCCUGUUCUUCAACAUGGGUCAGUGCUGCUGUGCCGGUUCCCGGACCUUCGUUGAAGAAUCCAUCUAUGAUGAGUUUCUCGAGCGAACUGUGGAAAAAGCUAAGCAGAGGAAAGUUGGGAACCCCUUUGAGCUGGACACCCAGCAGGGGCCCCAGGUGGACAAGGAACAGUUUGAACGAAUCCUGGGCUACAUCCAGCUUGGCCAGAAGGAGGGGGCAAAACUUCUGUGCGGUGGGGAGCGUUUUGGAGAGCGAGGCUUCUUCAUCAAGCCCACGGUCUUUGGUGGUGUGCAGGAUGACAUGAGGAUUGCCAAGGAAGAGAUCUUCGGGCCUGUGCAGCCUCUGUUCAAGUUCAGGAAGGUGGAGGAGGUGGUGGAGAGGGCCAACAGCACCAGGUACGGCUUGGCUGCUGCUGUGUUCACCCGGGACCUGGACAAAGCCAUGUACUUCACACAGGCGCUCCAAGCUGGGACGGUGUGGGUAAACACCUACAACGUUGUCACCUGCCACACGCCAUUUGGAGGCUUUAAGGAAUCUGGCAAUGGGAGGGAGCUGGGGGAGGAUGGGCUUAAGGCCUACACAGAGGUGAAGACAGUCACCAUCAAGGUUCCUCAGAAGAACUCGUAAGAACGGCUGCCAGGGAGCGCCAACUCUAGUCCCAGGAUGCCAAAACCACCUACCAGUGGUUGCCAAACAGUUUUUUAGCCACGGACCCCCUUUAUUUGUUCCAGAUGAAUACUUAGAGGAACCUCAACAAAUCAAGCAAUUAAAAUGAGAGCUGCUCUAGUUAAAGCAGGGCUGGGGGCUGGGCUCAGAGCCCUGUCCACCUGCACUCCAGCCCCCUUGGUGGCCCUGUGUUACUUCCAUGAAACCUUAGGAGUCUCGGAAAGACAGAGUAAGAAACACUGAUCCAGACCAUGGCUCUCAGUUCUUCUUACUGAUCCAAGGACUUCCCGGUGGAUUAACUGAUGUCUUAGUGGGUAGACUCAUCUCAGACAUGGGAUUGGAAGGCAUUAGGAGUUUUAAGCUAGACCCCAUAAUCUUGGCCCCCUUCUUCAGUGACGUACCCUAAAAAUCAGGGCUGCUUUUCUUUUUCUAAGUACCAGUUGCUGACUCGUUUGCUUGCUUGCAUUGCUUCAUUUUGCUACUGAUUGUCCUUAAUUUGAGGGAAGGGGUAGACAGAAAAUGCAUUUAUAUAACCAUUCACUUAAAAUAAGCUCAAACAGGGGCUUCCCUGGUGCCGCUGUGGUUGAGAGUCUGCCUGCCGAUGCAGGGGACACGGGUUCGA